GUAAGUUUUACAAGCGGUCGAAAGGACAAGAUUGAGUGGUCAGAUGUUUUGUGGAAAACAGGAUGCUAAGAACUUUUCCUUUGAAGAGGAUUGACAUAGGCUUAAAGAAAAAAGUCUUCCCACAAAACUUUGAACAAGUUCAUACGAAAGGACAAAUUGAAAGCGUUAGAAGAUUUUUCUUAAAAUUUAAACAGAAGCAUGGGUAUUUAAGUAAUUCAGACGUCGCAUUGUUGACUCGAAAACAAGUCUCAUCGAUAUUGAAAAUAAACGAAGUUUCAGUGGAUGCAGAUGGCCCUAUUAAAAACUUUGAAGUGAAUAAAUUACCAGCAAAUAAACCGAUAGAAGAUCGUGACACGGUAGCAAAGUUGACUCAUGGAGAAAAAAACAAGUACAUUUUCGGAGUUUAUGAUGGACAUGGUGGUAGUUCAUGUUCUCAAGCUCUCAGUGAACGUUUAUUUAACUAUAUUUCAGUCUCAAUGUCAACACAAGACAUUUUGAAAGACAUUGCAUGUGAAAACCAUGGACAUGACAAACUUGUAGACUGGUAUCCUUAUCAGUCACAGUACUUCAAUCAUGAGCUUGAUCAAAUAUACAAGGAUAACUUGGCUAAAUUUGCCAAAGAAACAUUAGCAAACUUUGAAGAAUGCUCAGUAGAAGAACAUUUGCGGCAUGCUUUUCUCCGUCUUGAUCAUGACAUCAUGUCAGAAUGCUUGCCAGUAGGUCAUGACUUAAGCAUAAAUGAUCAAGCUUUAGAAAAUGGUUUGUCAGGGUCUUGUGCUUGUAUUGCAUUGGUUGAUGAUAUAGAUUUGUAUGUUGCUAACACCGGUGACUGUAAAGCAGUUUUAGGAGUUGAAGUUGAUAAGGACCAUUGGAAUACAGUAGAAAUGUCACAUGCACACACAGGUUACAACUCAAAAGAAGUGAGAAGAGUUUUAAACAGCCAUCCCAAUGAAUCUUCCCAUGUGAUCAAAGGGGGUCGUCUCUUUGGCAGUUUAGCACCAUUAAGGGCAUUUGGAGACAUGAUGUAUAAGUGGUCUGUUAAGGAACGUAAUCAAUAUCUGAAACUUUUCAAGCAGCACCCUAAUUUCAAUGUAUACAGUGAAGUUUUGAUGCAUGAACAUUACAUAACACCACCUUACCUGACAGCAGAGCCAGAAAUCAUUCACCGUAAAUUAACUCCUAAAGAUAAAUUUUUAGUUAUUGCAUCAGAUGGUCUGUAUGACAUGAUUCCGCCUGAAAAAGUUGUCAAACUGGUAGCAGGACAUAUGGAAGGAAAACAGGUACUGGUGGAUCCAAAUUUUGAUAUUAAGGGUCGCACUAUAAAAGAAAUCAAUCAACGUCUCAGACAAAGAAAAUCUCAUCUGUCUAAUGUGCCAACUGAUGACAAUGUUGCGACACACUUGAUGAGAAAUGCUCUGGGUCCAGAACAUGGAAGACUGUCGACUAUGUUGUCUUUGCAUGAUGAUAUUGCAAGAAGCUAUCGUGAUGAUAUUUCUAUAAUUGUAGUUUUCUUUGACACAGAUUAUGUGAAAAAUUUCUAUGUAGAAGCUGAACGUGAUAUAGAUUGUAUAGAUUGAGGUGUGAAUGAUAAGUUUAAAAGAUCAGUAGUUUAUUUGUGGCACUAGCUUUCGAUUGUUAAAGAACAAAAUCAGUUGAGGAUAAAUUUGAGACCUAACUACAUGUAUGAAUGUAAAAAAAAAAUAGUUCCCCUAAUUAAAUUGAGAUGGGUUUUUUUAAAUGUUUUUUUCCCAUUUAACUGGACUGUUAAACAUUGUUUGGUGUGACAGUGUUAGACCAAGUAAAUUGUACACUACUAAUUUUUGAUAAGAAAUUAAACAUUUUUGAAAAAAUUUCAUGAUGUACAAGCUUUUCAUUUGAACAUGCUGAUGUUUAUCACAGGGCUGUUUUCGUGGUUGCUAGAAUUGGGCAUACAUGUAUAUGGUUUCAAAUAUUUUUUAGAUAUUUUUGAAUGCAUA